AUGGAUGGCACAGAUCACUGUUACACCCAUGGCGGCCCGAAGGGCCAUCAUUCCGAGUGGGACUCGAAGAUCUUCAACUACCUCAAGUACGAGGUUCUGCGAUUUCUUCUCUCGAACGUGAAGUGGUGGCUCGAGGAGUACCAGUUCGAUGGCUUCCGAUUUGAUGGAAUCACUUCGAUGUUGUACCAGUCCCAUGGCAUCGGCAAGGGCUAUACUGGUGGUUACCACGAGUACUUCGGUCCCGAUGCGGACAUCGACAGCCCCUUAGCUGAAUACGUCACCACCGCCUGCGAGUUUUCGAGCUUUUAG